AUGCUGCUGCCGGCCUGGGAGAUGUGCCUCUACGGGCUGCUCGCCGUGGGCUCUCACUUCUAUGCUUUCUACGAAGCGCACCAAGUGUCUCAAAAGUAUGAAGUUGCGAUGGACAGAAGGUUUGGGCUGGAACCAGGGACUCUCUUUCAAGGCCUCAAAAAGGACCCCAUGGACUUUGAGUGGAGCUACUGGAUUGAAUGGGGAAGGGAACGAAUACUGUGGCUUCUGGGUGGUCACCUGCUGGUAUCGCAAGUGUCCAGGCUCUUGGUGGAGAAGUAUAAACCAUGGUGCUUGAUGGUUUAUGGAAUGGCUGCCUGCUGGUUGUUACUGGGAAUCAAGGGCUUUGCUGUCAUUUUGUUACAUGCAACUAUUUCAUUUGCUGUGGCUCAGUUUCAGCUGUCACUCCUGACAUGGUUGUGCUCCCUUAUCCUGCUAUCCACUUUACGCAUACCAGCUGUGGAAGAAGCCAAGAGAAAGUGGUAUGACACUGAAAACGAGUAUUAUCUGCUGCUCUUCACUGUGUCUGUCCGCUGCCUCUUUUGCACCAGCUUCAGCCUGGAAUACUGCUGGCGUGGACCUGCCCAGAAGUCAUCCCACUCGUUCCUGUGGAUGCUGGCAUAUGUGUUUUAUUAUCCCACAUUCCACAAUGGGCCCCUUAUGAACUUUGAUGAAUUCAGUAAGCAGAUGAGGAGACAAGAAGCCUUCAGUUUGAAGACCAAUCUCAGCAUGUUAAUUGUGGGCGUAAUUCGUAUUUUCUUUUGGUGGUGCCUGGCUGAGCUGAUGAUUCACCUCAUGUAUAUCCAUGCUCUCUACAGCAGUGCUCCACCUUUGGAAGCUGCAUCAUACUGGGCCUUGGGUGGCCUGGCCUUAGCUCAAGUACUUUUUUUUUAUGUGAAAUACCUCGUUCUUUAUGGUGUUCCUGCCCUCCUCCUUCAAAUGGAUGGACUCAAACCUCCAGCUCUGCCUUGCUGCGUGAGCCUGAUGCACAGUUUCACUAAAAUGUGGAGAAGUUUUGAUGUUGGGCUACAUCGCUUUCUGGUCAGGUACAUUUAUGUUCCAAUGGGAGGAUCUCAUUCCAGUCUGCUAGGAACGCUCUUUUCCACAGCCCUUACUUUUGCCUUCGUAAGCUAUUGGCACGGAGGACAGAGUUAUCUGUGGCACUGGGGUGCACUUAAUUGGCUUGGAGUAAUUGUGGAAAAUGGUGUCAAGAGGAUACUUUCUAUUUCACUUAUUCAAGAUUUAAUUGAGAGUUUUUUCUCGCCAAGAAUUCGUCGUCGACUUCAUGCUGUCCUAGCAUCUGUUAGCACUUCAAUGUUGAUUUUAUCAAAUCUAAUAUUUCUUGGAGGAAAUCACGUUGGAAAAAUCUACUGGAAUAGGAUCUUUUUGGAAGGCUGGCCAUGGGCGACGCUGACUGUUCUUGGGUUCCUGUACUGCUAUUCUCAUGUUGGAAUUGAAUGGGAGCAAACGUACGCUGUGAAUUAG